AUGGUUAGCGAAAGUCCGGAAGAAAGUUUUUUUGACUUCUCAAUGAAAUAUUUGGAUGCUGUUUUUGGAGCUAACGACACUUCUGAACUGCCCCGCAUCAAAAUUGACGAUCUAAGUACUUUAAAAGAGACACAAGGUUCUACUAUAACCACAAGCGGUACUAGGGAUGAUUUACGGACAGAACAAAUAAAAGACCAGUCUAAUUCAACCAUUCAGCGAGAGAACAUAAAAAAUGGCAAAAAGAUCACAUCAGCUUCAGUUACAUCCAUACAGACUAAAUCCUCAACUAAUAUAAGUGAUACCAAUACGAACAUUGCCAGUGAUUCAUCAGAUUCAUCCUCAGGGAAACAGUUUCCCGGUUUAAUAGAUGCUACCCUUAAAAGAAAGUCUAUUAUAGGCUUAGAAGACGAUAGCACGUGCUAUACGUUGAAUUCCGAGCCGAUCACAGAAGAGCUUCACAUCGAAACUAACAAUCCAUCGCAUUUAUUUUGGGUACCAGCACAUCUUCAUCCAGAAAUAGCUCCGAAUGAAUUUAGGAAAUGGUUAAACCAUCAUGCAAAAGAUAGGUUCAAUACAGGAGUGGGUUCUUUGAGGAGGCGUAAAUCUGCCCUAUCUAGGCAAUAUAUACCAACAGAAAAUGAUGAGGAUGAAAAAUCAGAGAAAAAAAUGGAAUUCGAUAAAAAUCGUGACUGGUCGUCAUUGGUUACAUCCGCAGAGAACAUUGUUCCCACAAAAGUUAAAACAAUACGAAGGAGUCUCAGCUUGAAUUUGUCCCCUUUUAUAGGUUCCAAUACUGAUCCCAAAGAUCCGAACAUAUUUGAUCGGCAUUCUUCUGCUAUUGUAGAGUCACCUGUUCUAAUUCCUAGAAUGGCACCAGCACUUAAACGUGCAGCACGUACAAAGAUUCGUCGGAAUUCAGUUGCUGGAGAACAAAACCCACGAAGAUUUUCUGCGCACAGAAGGACAAAAUCAACACAUGUACCUUCCGAUAAAGAUAAGCAGAACGGGAAUUUAUUACCAAUUAUCCCAAAAAGUCAACCAGAAUCGCUACUUUCUAAUGCUUUAACGCUACCUCAAAACGAGAGAUUUGAUACAAGUGAUGACAAGGCAUUGUCUACACCAGACAUUGUCAUUGAACCUGAAGAAGUAGAAAAUGACAUUGUGCUUGAUUUCAUAGAGUUAAACGAUGAUUCUGGUCCUAUACGUAUUACCUUAAAAGAUGAUGGGCCUACACCCGUAGCUGCAGCUGUUCCUUCUCCUCGUCGGACAAGUUCGCUUCCCCAAAACGCUAUUAAUCAAUCGGAUUCUUUGCAAGGUUAUGUAUCUUCAUCUAAUUUAAAAACACCAAC